AUGGAUCCAAAAGUAAACCUUAAAGAUGACCCCGCGUUCAAAAAACUACAGGAAUUCUACAGUGGAAACGCAGAAAAAAAUAAUAUUCAGCAACUAUUUCAACAAGACCCUGACCGAUUUAAAAAAUUUAGCCUUCGGAUUCCAACACCUAGUGACGGAGAAAUUUUACUGGACUAUUCCAAGAACAGAGUGAAUGAUACAGUAUUCCAGCUUCUUUUGCAGCUGGCAAAAAGCCGUAAUGUAGAACAAGCGAGAGAUGCUAUGUUUUCUGGUCAGAAGAUCAACUUCACUGAAGACCGAGCAGUCCUUCACAUUGCACUGCGUAACAGACAGAACAGGUCUAUUCUGGUCAAUGGCAAAGACGUAACACCAGAUGUAAAUGCUGUAUUAGCACAUAUGAAGGAGUUCUCCCAACAAGUUAUUAGUGGUAAUUGGAAGGGAUACACUGGAAAACCGAUCACAGAUGUGAUCAACAUUGGUAUUGGUGGUUCCGAUUUGGGCCCACUUAUGGUCACUGAAGCCCUUAAACCUUAUGCUAAUCAUCUCAAGGUACAUUUUGUAUCAAAUAUAGAUGGUACUCAUCUGGCUGAAGUCCUGAAGCGUCUGAACCCUGAGACAGCUCUCUUCAUCAUCGCAUCUAAAACAUUCACCACACAGGAGACCAUCACCAACGCCACUUCAGCUAAAAACUGGUUCCUGGAAGUCGCUAAAGAUCCGUCUGCAGUAUCAAAGCAUUUUGUAGCGUUGUCGACUAAUGGAGAGAAAGUGACUGCAUUUGGUAUUGAUCCCAAGAAUAUGUUUGGUUUCUGGGACUGGGUCGGAGGAAGAUACUCGUUAUGGUCUGCUAUUGGGCUAUCGAUAUCUCUGUACAUUGGUUUUGACAACUUCGAGAAACUUCUAGACGGAGCUAACUUCAUGGACAAUCACUUUGUUACUGCUCCUUUGGAAAAGAAUGCGCCAGUGAUCCUAGCGCUGCUCGGGGUGUGGUACAGCAACUUCUAUGGCGCGGAAACACACGCUUUACUCCCAUACGAUCAGUAUUUACACAGAUUCGCAGCGUACUUCCAGCAAGGUGAUAUGGAGAGCAACGGCAAGUACGUGACUCGAGGCGGGGACCAGGUGUCUUACAACACCGGCCCCAUUGUAUGGGGCGAGCCCGGCACCAACGGCCAGCACGCCUUCUACCAGCUUAUACACCAGGGGACUAGGUUGAUACCAUGCGACUUCAUAGCCCCGGCGCAGACCCAUAACCCGAUAUCUGGUGGUCUACAUCACAAGAUACUUCUGGCUAACUUCUUGGCGCAAACUGAAGCGUUGAUGAAGGGGAAAACUGCUGAAGAGGCUAAGGCUGAGCUAGAGAAGUCCGGCAUGGCGCCCGAGGCCAUCUCCAAGAUCCUCCCGCACAAAGUGUUCAAGGGCAACCGACCAACUAACUCUAUCGUCGUGAGGAAAGUCUCGCCUUUCAUAUUGGGAGCUCUUAUUGCAAUGUAUGAACACAAAAUCUUCACACAAGGAGUUAUCUGGGAUAUCAACUCCUUCGAUCAAUGGGGUGUGGAACUUGGCAAGCAAUUGGCCAAGGCCAUAGAGCCAGAGCUCCAGGGCUCCGCCCCCGUGUCUUCACACGACGCCUCUACCAACGGACUCAUUAACUUCCUAAAGGAAAACUUUGCU